UACUCCUUUGUUAAGAUGCCGAAUGACUGGCUGUGUGGUGUCGCCAGUAAACUACAUCUGAAAAAAAUUACCCUGAGGCUCUCAAGGCAAAUCCUUUAUGGCUCUCAAGACAAAGGGACCGGAGGAUGGAAAAAGAGGCCGGUGUAUCCCAGGAGGGAGCGAGCUCCCCCGGAGAGAGCGAGCCCUGAAUCCUGCAGCCCCACCCCAGCUUUGGGUGCCACGACGGAGCCAGAACAGCACCGCCAUCCCCUCCUUGGGACAGGGUACAACAGAACGUGCUCUGCCGCCCUCGAGCCCCGGCCAGUAAGCCAGGCCGCCGGACUGCCCAGAGGGCCCGCCGGCCGCCAGCGCGCCUCCCCGCCCAGCUCCCCUCCGAAAGAGCCCGGGAGAAGCGUCUCCCGGCAGCAUCCUUUUUCCAGGACACUGGGACAGGGACCCGGGCCGCCAGGAACUGCCUGAAGACCUCCCUUCCGGAGGCAAAAUCCGCUCCUCCCCAGGUGAAGCGUCGCGGGGCCAGCGCCGACAGACACCGAAGCCACGGACAGCUCUGCCCGCCGCCAGCCCGGGGCCACGCGCGCCGCAUCGCCCACCCCGCGCCCGCCGUCCCGCGUCCCGCGUCCCGCCCGGCCCGGCUCACCAGCCUCUCCAUCGUCGCUCCCUGCCGCGCGGGAUGGCCGGCCUCAGCUGGAAAGCCCGAGGGUUCUCGCUAAAGGAGCUGGAAGCCUAGGAGGCGCGGCGGGUCCCCGCCCCGAGGAGCUGCUGCAAUGGCUCUCCUCGCCGCCCCCCGCCUCCCCCGCUGGAGUCCUCACCGCUACACCCACUCGCGGGAGCCAGCGGUUGGGGUUUCCAGUCUCAUGGGUAAAUUCCCCAUCUGAAACACGGUGCAUUUGUCAGAGGUGGCCGUUUUGGAAACACUUUGAGAAAGUGUUGGGAAAAACAUACACUCUUUCCAUUUCCACUCUACCAGGACCCAGAGAAAAAGGAAAUGGGGGGAGGUGGGGAGACCUCAAUCGUUUGAGCUCUUGCUCAGAGGUAUGGCUGUCUGCAUUGCUCAGCAGGUGUUAAUCCACCUGGAGGUGGAUUUAAAAAAGAACAAAGGUUUGUUAUUUGGGGUCUCGGAAUUGCAAUUCGGGGGAGCACAGGUUUCAGGAAACCAAAAAAGUGUUGCUCUGCUAGGGAAAGCAAAGGGGGGUGGGUAUGAGAAAGAAGGAAGGGGUAAUUGUAUGUUGUAGACAAAGAAGAUAAGGGGAAAAGAUGCUAAUCUGGUGCUGACCCGUUGAGCCACUUCUGAUAACUAUCUUAUUAUUUUCUUGCUGCCAUCAGAUUAAACUGCCCCUACUAUGUGUUUAUUAACUUCACUGUCCUCAUAUGACCUGAACGCCAGUUGCUCUGUUGAAAUUUAACUGAGUGCAAAACUAUUGUCGCUGAAUUUCACCAAUAGACACUAAAAAACAAAUGUAUGUGGGGUGCUUGGGUGGCUCAGUUGGUUAAGCAUCUGACUUCAGCUCAGGUCACGGUCUUCUGCCUCAUGGGUUCAAGCCUCGCAUCUGGCUCUGUGCUGACAGCUCAGAGCCUGGAGCCUGCUUCGGAUUUUGUGUCUCCCUCCCUCUGCCCCACUCUAUCUCUAAAAAAUAAAUAAACACUAAAAAAAAUAAAUAAAUAAAAAACAAUUGUACAUUUAUUUUUUAUCCAGAAUCAAAUUAUAUAUUCAAGCAAUCAAUGAAUCUAGUAUCAAAUUACAUAUUCAAGCAACCAAUUCUGUAAUGAUCUCUUCUUUCAUGAUGUGAUUUUUUUUUCCACUUGAGUUAAUGAUGAGGAGUCUUCUUAUUUUAACACAUUCCAGAGUUCUUGGCUCUUAGGGAGAGAGAGAGAGAGAGAAAUCAAUGAACUGUUCAUCUUCUGAAGCCUUUAUGCUUUCCUAGGACCACCCUUUGACAAGGUGCUGGGAAAAAGCUUUUACUUAAGCAUCCAUGUGGCUGUAAAUCUGAGGGCUGUAAAUAAUAACAUAAUGACUGGAUUUUUCCAGACAAACAGAAAGAUAUAUAGAAAGGAUAAAUAAUUCAUAAAAAUUGAUGAAUUGCCCCCAUAAAGCAAAUUCCCCCAACUUGUAUCCCUAUAUAAAAUAAUUGAAUAAUUCAAACCUACAUGGAAGGAGGAAAGGAGAUCAUGGGAGGUAGGUGAGAAUUAUGGCAAGUUGUAUAUGUUUAAGAAAUUGACAUUACAAAAUAAAUAUAAGUAUUGUCCUUAGUAAGUUAGGAAAGAACACCAGAAGACUAAGCAUGAAAUAUAACUCAAAUUAACAAAAGAAUAUUUAACCCAAUGACAGACAGUAUGGGAGAAAAAAAGACUAUCACUAAAGUAAAAUAUAAAUUUAAAAAUAAAAUGGAGGGGCGCCUGGGUGGCUCAGUCGGUUAAGCGGCCGACUUCGGCUCAGGUCAUGAUCUCGCGUCUGUGAGUUCGAGCCCCGCGUCAGGCUCUGUGCUGACAGCUCAGAGCCCGGAGCCUGUUUCAGCUUCUGUGUCUCCCUCUCUCUGACCCUCCCCCGUUCAUGCUCUGCCUCUCUCUGUCUCAAAAAUAAAUAAACAUUAAAAAAAAAUUAAAAAAAAAUAAUAAUAAAAUAAAAUAAAAUGGAAAAAAUGUCCUAUUAUAUAUAUCAGUAACAGCAACAUAUACAAGUAGGUUAAAAACACAAAAGAUAGAAACUUAGGACACAGAAGAGUGAAUGAGGGGAAAAAAAAUCCCUGCCAUUAUGAAGCAUAACUAUUGCUUUAAAAGUUCUUUGGAAAAGAAGAAAUGUGCUUACAUAAAAUUAACAUUUUGCAAAAAAAGGGAAAUGUGACAUUUAAAAGUCUUGGACAGGGGUGCCUGGGUGACUCAGUGUCAGUUGAGCAUCUGACUCUUGAUUUCAGCUUAGGUCAUGAUCCCAAGGUCAUGGAUUGAGUUCUGUGUUGGGCUCUGCUCUGACAGUGGAGCCUGCUGAUAAAACUAAAGACAAAAAUCAAUUAGAAGGAACAAAAUUGAAUGAACAAAAAAAGGGCUUUUGUCUAGAAAUUAAUUGAACAAAUCUGUGGCAAAAAUUGCUAAGAAAAUUAAAAAUAAAAAGAAACAAUAUAGAAUGAAAAAUGAGAACUAGCAUUGAUAUAACAAAUAGAAAAAAUAAGACAAUAUUAUGAACAUUCAUAUCAAUUCGAAAACACAAAAUGGACAAAAUUCUGAAAGUGCCAAAUUGGUCACAAAAAUUUAAUAACUGACACUUUAACAAUAUUAAGGCUUCCAGUACAUGAAUUUGGAAUAUUGUCCCAUUUGCUGUGUCUUGUCUAAUUUUGUUAAUUAAUGUUUUUUAAUUAAUUUAUUUUUAGUAAUCUCUACACCCAACGUGGGUCUCGAACUCAUGAUGAGAUCAAGAGUCGCAUGGUCUUCUGAGUGAGCCAGCCAGACACCCCUCAUUAAUGUUUUAUAGUUAUCAGUAUACAAGUCUUUUACCUCCUUUGUUAGUUUUAUUCCUAAGUAUUUUAUUUCUUUUGGUGUUACUGUAAAUGGAAUUGCUUUCCCUAAUUUCCUUUUUAGAUAGUUCAUUGUUAGUGUAGAAACACAACUGAUUUUUGUAUGUUGUCUUUUUAAAUUGUAACUUUCCGGAAUUCAUUUAUUUAUUCUAAGUUUUUUAUGGCGUCUGUGGGAUUUUGUAUAUAUAAGAUCAUGGCAUCUGCAAACAAGGACAGUUUUACCUCUUCCUUACUGAUUUCUAACCUUUUUGUUUUUUUCUUCCUGAUUAAUUGCUCUGGCUAAGACUUCCAGUACUAUGUUAGAUACAAGUGUUAAGAGUGUGCACUCAUGCUUUGUUCCUGAUCAUAGAGGUCAAGCUUUCAGUGUUUCACUGUUGAGGGUGUUGUUAGCUAUGGUUUUUUCAAAUAUGACAUUUAUUAUGUUGAGAUACUUUCCUUCUAUUCCUACUUUGUUCAAAAUUUUCAUCAUGAAAGUAUCUUGAAGUUUUUCAAAUGCUUUUUCUACAUGUAUUGAGAUGAUCAUGUGACUUUUAUCCUUUAUUGCGUUAAUAUGGUGUAUCACAUUAAUUAAUUUGCCGAUGUUGAAUUAUCCUUGCAUCCCAGAGAUAAAUCCCACUUGGUCAUGGUGUGUGUGCCUUUUAAUAUGCUGCUGGAUUCAGUUUGCUAGUAUUUUGUUAAAGAUUUUUGCAUCUA